CAAUCCCAAACAAGAUACAGAGGAGAGAGAAAGUCUUUCUAGAGAGAGAAAGGCACACCACCACCAUUAAUCAAUCAUGGUGGUGGUACCUUCUCUCUCAAUUCACAGUUCACGAACACUACCACUUGCUUUCGCCACUAUAAAUACCCCAUUUCUCAACUCAUUUCUUUCAUCCACUUCUCUCCAACUGCGUUCUCUUCCUUUAAUUAAGAACAACAAAUUUCCGUUCAAUUUCAUUUCUCCCAAUCGUUCUUCUUCUUCUUCUUCUUCUUUUCGCCCUAAUUACAUUGUUGCUUAUAAGAGUAGUGAAGCAGAGAGUAAAUCAUCAGAAGCAAUGACGAUCAAGCCAGCAGUGCGGAUCGCAGAGAAGAAGCUCGUCGUGAAGGAGCGGACGAUCCUCACAAACGUCCCGGACAACGUCAUCGCCACCUCCGGCGCGGCGGCGGGGCCCGUCGAGGGGGUGUUCCUCGGCGCCGUCUUCGACGGCGACGCCAGCAACCACGUCGUCUCCCUCGGCACACUCCGCGACGUCCGUUUCCUCUCAUGCUUCCGUUUCAAGCUAUGGUGGAUGGCUCAGAAAAUGGGCGACAAAGGUCGUGACAUCCCACUCGAAACACAGUUCCUCCUCGUCGAAUCUAAGGAAGGCUCCCAGCUCGAAUCAGAUCUCGCCGGCGACGAGGAAAACGGCAUCAUCUACACCGUGUUCCUCCCCUUAAUCGAAGGUCCGUUCAAAGCCUGCCUCCAGGGCAACGAUCGCGACGAGCUCCAGCUCUGCCUCGAGAGCGGCGACCCGCAAACGGUCGGGUCAUCCUUCACACACGCGGUCUACAUCAGCGCCGGAUCCGACCCGUUCGGCACCAUCUACGAAGCUAUCAAAGCCGUCAAACUCCACCUCGGAAACUUCCGCCUCCGCAACGAGAAGAAACUCCCUGGAAUAGUCGACUACUUCGGGUGGUGCACGUGGGACGCAUUCUACCAAGAGGUCACCCAAGAGGGGGUGGAGGCCGGAUUAGAAAGCCUCCAAUCCGGCGGCACCCCGCCUAAGUUCGUCAUCAUCGACGACGGAUGGCAAUCUGUCGGCUCCGACGAACACAAGAAACAACAAGAGCAAGAAAAUCAGGAAAAUCAGGAACCAGGGCAGCCGCAGCUUUUGAGGCUAACGGGCAUCAAGGAAAACGAAAAAUUCCAGAAAAAAGAAGACCCGUCUGUUGGAAUCAAGAACAUAGCCACCAUAGCUAAAGAGAAACACGGGUUGAAAUACGUGUACGUGUGGCACGCGAUUACCGGCUACUGGGGCGGUGUGAAACCCGGUGUUAAGGAAAUGGAGGAGUAUGAAUCGGCUAUGCAGUACCCGAAACUGUCCAAGGGUGUGCUCGAAAACGAACCGGGUUGGAAAACGGAUGCGAUCGCGCUCCAGGGUUUGGGUUUGGUGAACCCGAGGAACGUGUACAAGUUCUACAACGAGCUGCAUAGCUAUUUGGCGAGUGCCGGGAUUGAUGGGGUGAAGGUGGAUGUGCAGUGUAUAUUGGAGACCCUCGGCGGGGGCCUUGGCGGCGGCGUUGAGCUGACUAGGCAGUACCAUCAGGCGCUCGAUGCUUCGGUUGCGAGGAAUUUCCCAGACAAUGGUUGCAUUGCUUGCAUGAGCCACAAUCUCGAAUCGCUUUAUUGCUCGAAACAGACUGCUAUCGUGAGAGCGUCCGACGAUUUCUACCCGCGGGAUCCAGUGUCGCACACGAUCCACAUUGCUUCGGUUGCGUACAACAGUGUGUUUCUUGGAGAGAUCAUGUUGCCCGAUUGGGACAUGUUCCAUUCUCUACAUCCGGCGGCUGAGUACCAUGGAUCCGCUAGGGCUCUUAGCGGUGGACCUGUCUAUGUUAGUGAUAAACCUGGAAAGCACAACUUUGAACUUCUGAGGAAGCUUGUUCUUCCUGACGGUACCAUUCUCCGGGCUCUUUUGCCGGGUCGCCCCACUAAGGAUUGCCUAUUCUCCGACCCUGCCCGUGAUGGUGUUAGUCUGUUGAAGAUAUGGAACAUGAACAAGCACACCGGAGUACUCGGAGUGUACAACUGCCAAGGCGCAGCAUGGAACAGCGUCGAGAGGAAGAACACUUUCCACCAGACUAAAUCCGAAGCAAUCACAGGCCAUGUCAGGGGCAAAGACGUCCACAACAUUUCAGACACCGCCCAAGACCCUAACUGGAACGGGGAAGUCGCCCUAUUCUCCCACAUCAACCGUGAAAUUACCGUUCUGCCUCUCAACGUAGCCAUGCCCAUUUCUCUCAAGGUCCUCGAGCACGAGGUCUUCACAGUCACACCAAUCAAAGCACUAAACCAAGGGCUCAUUAAAUUCGCCCCAUUUGGACUUGUUGACAUGAUCAACGGCGGUGGAGCGAUCGAAGGGCUCCAGUACGACGAUGUCACGCCAUCGGGGGGCGUUUGGUUGGAGGUAAAGGGGUGUGGCCGUUUCGGUGCUUACUUGUCCGCCAAGCCGAGCAAGUGUUCGGUGGGGUCCGCUAGUGUUGACUUUGAAUACAAUUCGGCUUCGGGUUUGGUGACUCUGGAGUUGCUCGAGAUGCCUUCGGAGGAACAGAGAGUUCACAAGAUUGAGAUUGAAUUGUGAAGAUUGUUAUCACCACAUUUAAUGGCUAAGAUUUGAUUUGAGCAUAUGACGAGGGUAUAUUAGAAGAGGAUAAAGAAUAUACUCCUAUGGUCGGGGGGUUUCGACAUUGUAGACGGUAGACUAUUAGUCCCAUAUGUGCUCAGAAAUCGAAAAUCGAAAACCCAAAAUCGCUUGGACCCUCGUGUAAUACAAAAAUAAUGUUAGAUGUAUACCACAACAUUUGUGGAAUUAUGAGUGUCGUUUUAUGUUGUUUGAAUUA